GGUGUCAUUUGUUGCUCACCAGCUAAAGAUCAAAGUCAUCAGCCCCUGGUCCAUUUUUCCCUACUUUCUCUCUCUAAACAAAAAAACACACCUCACAGUCCUCCACUCCUCCGCCGUUCCGUCGGUUACCCAGAUCUCCGGCAAUGACCCACUUUUCCGAGGAAUUUGGGACUUUGUGAGCCAAUUUUAAGGAAUCAAUGCCUAGAAGAGUUGAUAAAGCAGGAAAGAUUGGACGCUUACCAGUUUCUAGAGAUGCGGAAAUGGAUGUCGGCAGGGAAAGCUCGAUUCCAAAGUUGAAAGAAUUCCAGGUCCAGAGUAGUUGUGUUCCAAUGACACCAAUGCAGCCCAUUGUCCAGAGACCACAGCCAACCGGCACAGAGAGACGAGAAGAUCAGCUAGGCCAAGAAAAUAAGUUGCCACAAGAAACUCAAGCUCAUAGAGUAGCUGCUUAUUGUGAGUCGUUGAAAUCAAUUGACGUAGACCAGGGUUUUGCUAAUUGGGAGGUAAAUUUAUCCCAAAUUUCCAGCAAUGUUCGGUAUAGCUCUCAGUUUUUCAUGGAGGCGAACAAAUUAGAAAGUGGUCCUUUCACAAACCUGAGAACCCUUGAACAUCUUGAGAAGAAUUCUGCAUGUGCAACUCAGAAAGGGACUGUUAAUGCAGCAAGCAGUUCUGUCAUUCCAGUUUCCGACUCCACUUGUGAUGAUAAUCAAUUGGAGGCCACCUCCACAACUUCCUUGGUAGCCAACGAAGAUGAAAAUUCUGCUCCUGCUGGACCCGCCUAUGAUCUCAAUUCGCCACCUAGAAUAACAUGCUCGAGCUGGAAUAGCCCCUCACAGUUUUCACCCAUAACACCUGAUCAGUCCAAUAAAUCAGAAAACAAGGAAGCUCAUGUUAUUGCCAUUUUGAACAUUGACGAAAGAGCAAAUCAGGAAAGGGAGAAGCGAGGGGACAAUAUUGAUACGUCAGAAUUUGAAGUUGAAGAGCUGCCAAAGGAUUUGGCUUGUGCUGUUGUUUCCACACAAUUGCAUGAGAAUCACGACCCUGACAAGGCAAGCAACCUUGCAAUUGACCUGAACACAACCCCGCAACAGAAAGAAAGAAGAAGAAAACAUAGGCCAAAAGUGGUUAUAGAAGGCCAGGCAAAAAGGACUCGAAAGCCUGCGUGCCCCGCAGACACCCCGACGGGUAAGAGGAAAUAUGUCCGGAAAAACAAACUUGACAAAACCCCUAGCACUCCCACUGCAGAGGCAACAAGCAGAACUACUGAUAUGGAGCCUGCGCCACCUGCAGCAAAGCUCUGCAAAAGAAAAUUAAAUUUUGACUCCGAUAGCCAAGUGACGGAAGAAGAAUGCUCUUUGUCUAGGCUGCAGUCAAAAACCAAUGCCGAAUCAGAAUCACAUGCACAAAACUUCUAUACCAGAGUUGAAUCAAAUACAAAUGCGUAUACACGAGUAGGCAUUGCCUAUGAACCCACGUAUCCCAUGACCAAAGUGGUUGAAGAUUGCAUAUCAAACCAAGAAAGAAGAGCACCAAAUCCCCAGACCACUAACAGAACUGACCCGCUUCAUGAACAUUCCAAGGGCCGUGACCAAGAUGCCCCUAUAGAAGGAAAAUGCCAGAUUGUUUUCUCAGAUGAAACACAUGUUGAACGGGAAAGCAUCAUACAAGGGAUAAGUUAUGGGGGAGAACCAGAAAAGGAAUUAGAGAGAGGUAAUCCACGAAUGAGUUAUGAGGUGGAACACAGCCGCACAAAUGUGAUUGGAUGUCGUUACAAUGCUUUGCACGGAUACUGGGCAAUGAUUCCAGCAGAUAUGUAUAACAAUACUGGAAUUCCUGGCAUGUAUUUUGAUGCAAAUUACAAGAAGAAGAGAAUUGAGAAAGGGCAUAGUUCAACCACAUCAAGCACAUUGUCUAAUGUGACUGUUGCAGAAGGAAUACCACAGUCUAUGACCAAUGCCUGUCCUGCUUGUCUUGAGAAUGCUCAAUUUAUUUCAAGUAGUAUCUCAACUAAAACUGCAUCGGUCAUAGGUGCUCAAGGGAAAGAACAAACUUUUGAAUGUCGACUUGCUUUGAACCAGAAAGGAAGGAUAUCAAAGAAGAGAGCAAAGAAUCAUAAUCCGACAGGCAUGUUUGGAUCACUGAUUGAAUUUGUUGAGUGUAGACCCAAGCCAACAUUGCCUGCUGAAGGAGUCCCCAAAAUGGGUGUUAUGCAAGGGUAUGAAGUUUUCAAUCACCCUCCCACAUGCAUGGAUGCACCAAUGAAGAUGAAAAAGGAAACUAAAAGAAAAGCCGGCUCAGAGGCAAUUAAGAGGAAAAUCCCUUCUCCUGAUGAACUUACUGAGCAGUUAAAGCGUCUAGACAUCUCAAAUCAAGAGCAGCGUUCCCUUGCUCCUUGUUAUUUUAGAUAUGAAGACCUAAAUGCCCUAGUUAUUUAUCAAGGACAUGGGAGUGUCGUGCCUUUCGAAGGUUCAUUUAAUCCUGUCCGGAAACGGAAACCGCGACCUAAAGUUGAUGUUGAUGAAGAGACAAAUAGAGUCUGGAAGCUUCUUUUGGAAAAUAUAAACAGUGAAGGUAUCAAUGGGACAGAUGAAGAGAAAGCAAAAUGGUGGGAAGAAGAAAGAAGAGUGUUCAGGGGGCGGGCUGACUCAUUUAUUGCACGCAUGCAUCUCAUCCAAGGAGAUAGACGUUUCUCUCCAUGGAAAGGUUCUGUUUUGGAUUCAGUGAUUGGAGUUUUCCUCACGCAAAACGUCUCAGACCAUCUUUCUAGUUCUGCCUUUAUGUCUCUGGCUGCACAUUUUCCCCUCAAAUCAAAGAGCAAUGAAAGGCCAUGCUCUGUCGAGACAUGUGUAUUGGACAAAGAUAAAGAAGUGUGUAGAAUGGAUCCAGAGGAUACCAUGAAAUGGCAAUGGCGUGAAGAGAAGUCAAACCAGCCUGCCUCCAACAGGAGUUCCGUAACAUCCCAUGAGACGGAUUAUUUUCCAGAAAAAGUAGUUGCCAACAGCAAUGAAUCUCUUGGAAGCAGCAUGGAUGGUGAAAAGUCAGUCGAUAAUUUGGAAUGUAAAACCUCAGACAUUUCUAGAGAUGGUCUACAGAUAUACGAUGAAUCAACAACAGACAGGAAAGUGAUUCAGCUCAUACAAGAUGUAGCAAGUUCCACAGGAGAUAAUAGAGAAGUUGAUGAUGUACUUUCUUCUCAGUAUUCCAGCAGUUCCUCUCCAAAUUCUGUGAACUCUUCAAUGGCUCAAACUGCUGAGAGAAUAGGAUCAUUCUUUCAUGACAACUCAGAAGCAGCAGAUCGAACAUUGAGGCAAAACCCCGAAAUUGUUGCUGGCUCUUCUUUUAUGGAGCUAUUAAGAAGGCAAGAAGAAGGAAUUCACAAUCACAAAACUGGAAAUGUAUCGCCUUGUGAAGCAAAUGGGUACUCCUGUACAGAAAAUUAUAAACGAAAUCAAAUAGUUCAGCAAGUUCAGGAGUUGCCAAACCUUUCAAGAGAGACCUUGGAUGCCACAGAGAGCACCAGCAUAACUAGUAAACCGAAAAACACUGAGCAUAAGGAAGUUGAUCCAUGUGCGGUAGACCGUGGAUAUGUUCCUGAUAUAGCAAUAAGUGGAAAGAGUUCUGAUAGUUCCAGCGUGAAGGGGGUAAGGAUUGGAGAGCAGAAACAGAACACAGAAGACUGGGAUAGCUUAAGAUUGCAGGCACAAGCCGAAGGUAAAAGGAGAGAAAGAACUACCAACACAAUGGACUCGUUGGACUGGGAAGCAGUGCGGUGUGCAGAUGUUAGCGAAAUUGCUUACACCAUUAGAGAAAGAGGAAUGAACAACAGGCUAGCAGAGAGAAUUAAGGAUUUCCUGAACCGGCUAGUCCAAGACCAUGGAAGCAUUGAUCUUGAAUGGCUAAGAGAUGUCCCACCUGACAAAGCGAAAGAGUAUUUGUUAAGCGUAAGAGGGUUGGGUUUGAAAAGCGUGGAGUGUGUCCGGCUUUUGACACUUCAUCAUCUUGCUUUCCCAGUCGACACAAAUGUUGGAAGAAUAGCUGUAAGACUUGGAUGGGUACCCCUUCAGCCACUGCCAGAAUCACUUCAGCUGCAUCUACUAGAACUGUACCCGGUGUUGGAAUCAAUUCAGAGAUAUCUUUGGCCACGACUUUGCAAGCUUAACCAAAGAACAUUGUAUGAGCUACAUUACCAGAUGAUAACUUUUGGAAAGGUUUUCUGUACAAAAAGUAAACCAAAUUGCAAUGCUUGUCCGCUGAGAGGAGAAUGUCGUCACUUUGCAAGUGCAUUUGCCAGUGCAAGGCUUGCCCUCCCUGGGCUAGAAGAGAAAAGUAUAGUGAGUGCAACUGAAAGCAAAGCAGCUAGUCAAAUCCCGGUGGAAGUUACCAAACCAUUGCAGCUACCUCUACCUCAAGCUAAUCGACAAUUGCAAGUACAUUCUCAAAUCAACAACUGUGAGCCUAUUGUUGAAAUGCCAGCAUCACCAGAACCUACCAUUGAAGUCCCUGCAACACCGGAGACGGAAGUACUAGAAAGAGACAUCGAGGAUGCAUUCUAUGAAGACCCUGAGGAAAUUCCUAUGAUCAAACUCAAUAUUGAAGAGUUCACUCAAAAUUUGCAACACUACAUGCAACAGAACCUGGAACUUUGUGAGGGAGACAUCUCAAAGGCUUUAGUAGCUCUAACUCCAGAAGCUGCUUCAAUUCCGGUGCCUAAACUUAAGUAUAUCAACCGUCUAAGAACAGAACACCAAGUCUACGAGCUUCCAGAUUCGCAUCCUCUACUUGAAGGGUUGGACAAUCGAGAACCAGAUGACCCAUGCUCAUACCUUCUUGCUAUAUGGACACCUGGUGAAACUGCAAACUCAAUUGAACCACCAGAAAAGAGUUGUGGCUCUCAAGAAUUUGGUAAGCUAUGUGAUGAGAAUACAUGUUUUUCAUGCAAUAGCACCCGUGAAGCGAACUCUCAAAUUGUUCGAGGGACCAUUCUGAUACCAUGCCGAACAGCUAUGAGAGGAAGUUUUCCACUGAACGGCACAUACUUUCAAGUUAAUGAGGUGUUUGCUGACCAUGAAUCUAGCAUUAACCCAAUUGACGUUCCGAGGGCUUGGAUAUGGAAUUUACCGAGACGCACAGUGUUCUUUGGAACCUCUAUUCCAACAAUAUUUAGAGGUCUGUCAACGGAAAGCAUUCAAUACUGUUUUUGGAGAGGGUUUGUUUGCGUAAGGGGAUUUGAGCGGAAGACACGAGCUCCCCGUCCUCUCUUGGCAAGAUUACACUUUCCUGCUAGCAAAUUAAAAGGGACUAAAGGUGACACUAAUGUCAAGCAGGGAUGAUGAACUCGUUCUGGUUGGCACCAGGUCCAAACUGUCCAAACAAGAACAUGGAAAGCUGCUCAAACCAACAUUUAGUGGCAUGGCACUCAACAAGAAUGGCUUGAUGUAACAGGGCAAAGGAUAAUUGGCUAACUUCGUACUUGUAUUACUGAUGAAUGGGCAUCCAGUCUCUGUGAAUAAUAUAAUUAUAGUUAUCUAGUCCAUGCUCAGAGCUGGGAAAUUUUUUAAAUUAUCAUCAAAACAACACCAGGAAAUUCUGCA